GCACCGGGCGAUGGCGGCAUGGAGGAGAGCAGGGCUGAGACAGCCGGGAUGGUGCCAGUGUCAGAGGAGGAUGAGGAUGACCUGGCAGGGCAGUUCCUGCGGCUGGAGCGGGAGCAGAGCAUGCUGUUGCAGGCGCUGCCACCCUUUGGGGAGCCUGUCAGCCACAUCUACCACCCCCUUGACUAUGCCUGGGAACCCCACUGCGAUUUUGUGCGCCGCUACUGCAGCACCCCCAAACGUGUCCUCUUCCUCGGCAUGAACCCUGGUCCCUUUGGCAUGGCCCAGACUGGGGUCCCCUUUGGAGAAGCCUGGCAUGUGCGGGAGUGGCUGCAGGUCGUCGGGGGGGUGAAGAAGCCACCCUUGGAGCACCCCAAGCGCCCAGUGCUGGGCCUGACCUGCCGACGAGCAGAGGUGAGCGGCGCCCGCUUUUGGGGGCUGGUACGGACCCUCUGCCCCGACCCACACGUCUUCUUCCGUCACUGCUUCGUCCACAACCACUGUCCCCUCCUCUUCCUUGCCUCCAGCGGUCGGAACCUGCCCCCCACUGAGCUGCCCCCUGCCCAACGCGACCGGUUAAUGGGGCUCUGUGACCAGGUGCUGGCACGAGCCGUGGGGCUGCUGGGCCCCUCGCCCCGAAACCCCCGCGCCAACCAGGGCUGGGAGGAGCUGGCCAAGGCACGACUGGGGGAAUUGGGGGUGCUGGAGUUGUUGAAGGAGGAAGGGGGGGCAGUGGGGAG